AACAGAUCUGCCGCACCCGGACGAAAGGGACGUGACCGGUACCGACCGGACAUCGGAGAUUGGCGCCCUGGCUCUGUGGUGGCAGGAUGCCCACCUCUCCCCCUCCUCCACCUGGAGAUCGUCCGUCCGCCUUCCAGGUCCUCCCCCUUUAACCCAGAGGCAGUCAACAGACGAGGCACACCCCCCACAGACACCCCUCCGGGGCCGUUUUCACGGGAGACAGCGCCGGCGCGACUCCACAGAGAGUCACAGCUGGAUGGAAACUCGGACACAGCAGCUGCGGCCUCCGUUUCAGAGCAUCCUUACCUCCGCCUGUACCAGUACCUGCACCAGAAGACCACACCCCCUGCUCAGCAGCUGCCCUCACCUCCUCCAGUGGCACAGCCUCCUGCACUGGGAGCAUCACAAGAGAAAACCUCUAUGGCCCGUCCAGUGACCCAUGUUGUGGCACCAAGCCCAGCAGUUCAGCACCUUGAUGUCAGGGACCACCAGUCCCCUUUUGGAGCGUCGGACUCUGUCCCUUCUACUCCCAACCCCCUGCCACCUGGCUCACGCCGGGGCACCGCUCCCUCUCCUCCAUCUCUGUCCCCCUACCACAAACAGAAGACUUUCCUUUCAACACCAAACAGCACCCCUCCUCUGCCAUCCAAACCUCCCCCGUCGCCUGGAAACCGCCGGCGUCCCCCCACCUCCGGAGGAAACCCUCUGCCUGCUGCGCCUUGUGGGGCUCCUGUAUCGCUUUCAGCAGCGGGCAGUGACUCAGGAUCAGACCUGCAACACCAAGUCUCGGUCAGCCAUAGGAGGAAAGCGAGCUCGCCUGGAGGCCACACCCCCACUCGAGGCAUGGCGCCACCUCCUCCCUCCUCAUCACCGGUGUCCUGCCAUCAGGAGGCUCCUAGGGCGCCGCACCCCCCCUGCCGAGAGACAACAGCUCCUCCUGUCCACGUCAGGGAAGCCCCGCCCCCUCCUCCUGUCAGGUCACUUGGAAGCCCCUCCCUUCCUUCUGACCACCCAGUUAGAGUCAAGCCCCCCGCACCUCCCCCUCCUCCUCCACCCCAAAGUGGAAAUGCCUCCCCUACUUGCUCCGCUUCUUCCUUGAACGCCGAGUUUGAGUCCAGAUUUUCGUUCCAUCGAGUUGAGGAUUUUCCUCCACCUGAGAUCUUCAAACUGCUGACUAAUGUUUACCCCAGCAAAGCCCAAAAAGUGAUGAGAGGAGCGCCGCCACUGCCCCCUGUAGGCAGGUGACUCUCCCGGGCUCACCUGAACUCAGGUGUGGCUCCUGAUCAGUGUCAGACUGAACUCCUUGACAGGUCUUCCGGAAGUUGACUCGACGUUGAAGCUGUGACUUCAUGGACGUGGCAAAUAUCCUGUUUUGCGCCGCCUAAUUCUGCAUGUUGGUGUGUGACUUACCUGCAACGCGCUGCUACUGUUACUUCUUCUGAAUUCAUGCGUCCACCUU